CCAACCACUAGCGAUAAAACUUUGAGCUUUGUUAGCAACAAUCGCUUUGUUUCGAGUGAAAGGCCAUAGAAAGUGAGUGAGAAAGGGGCAUGGAGGAGGAUUAUACCCGCAUUAUGUUGAAGCAGAAGCUAAACUUCUUUGAUAUUUUCAAACAAGCUCUAACAAUUCCGUGCACAAGUAAGAAGUUCAUUGUCUUCAGUUUUUUCACCUCCCUUCCUUUUUUCUGCUUCUUGGUUUUCUUUGAGAUCAUUCUCCAGGGACUAUUCCUUGAAACCUCCAAAUUUCUUGAACUACGUCCACACUACUCGUAUUACUACUAUGAUCUUGGGAAAUAUGAAAGAUUGGCAACGAAUUUUGUCCCUAAAUUAAUUCAACUCUGCCUUCUUUACCUGAUACCUUAUCAGCUCCUGGAGUUCCUCAUCGUGAUCGUAAUUGUUCCUUUGGCGUCAAUGAUAUAUACCGCGGAGAAACCAGUCAGCUUCAGAGAUAUGAUGGUACGCAAAACAAGGUUAAAAGGUCCCUUCAUUACAUCCAUAUAUGUUCAUCUCUUGUCAACUACUAUUCUAAUAGGCUUAGCAGGAUUUCUCACCAACUGCUGUCUUAUGGUAAGGAGCUUUGAUUAUCACGCAUACUUUGAUAUUUUGCUAACAAUCGUUCGGGGAGUUGGUUGUACGGCAUUGUUGGUUAAGUUGUUAGAGUGGAGUGCUGGAUGGAACAUGGCUUUAGUAAUUUCAAUAUUGGAGGAGAAAUAUGGGAUUGAAGCAUUGGAGUGGGCGGCAUAUAUUAACAGGGAUUGUAGACAGCGAGGACUUAUUUUGAUGCUUGUUUUCUUUGCGUGGGGACUUACCGUUAGGCUGUCCUGCAUCUUUUAUGAAUACAGUGAUGAACUUGCAACUGGAAGCGUUUUGUUCACUUCCAUAUACACUUGCUUGAUUUGUUUAGGAAAUGUGAUGAAGUGGGUAAUUUGUGUUGUAUAUUUCUUUGAUUGCAAGAAGGGAAUUUCAGAAAAGAAAGUUGAUGAUGAGGAAGUAGGAAGAGAUGUUAAACUUGUCAAUGUUUAAGCCCUUAUUGCAUUUUGUAACCGCUAUGAAAAAGCUGAGAAAACUAAGUGACUGUCAUUGACAGAACUGAAGCUGUACGUACUUAAAUCUUGUGCAGGAGUUGACACUGGAUAUUCUUUGCUCCCUUUUUAGAUCACUUAUAUAAUUGAGCAUUUGUGGAAUAUUUUGCAAUAUUAACAUUGUCAAGUUGCUUUUGAAAUGAAUAAUGUUAGGAGUCAUAAUUUUAUUAUGAUUGUAACUUAUCAGUGUAAUUUUUAAGUUUGAAUGAUGGGUUGUUGAGCACCUUAAUUGAUCUCAACUUGAA